AUGAAGUGUCUGAGGUUGGACAACGACUUGAAGAUUACAGCUCUUGUCUCACGAUCGGUCACAGAUCUGUUUUAUAUAGCAAAUAUUGUCGUUCAAGUUUACAGAUAUAAGAUUUGUUCAAACUUAAUCAAACUAUUUCUUCCCGGAAGUUGGUCGUCCAAGUUAGCUGAACUAAGGAAGAUAUGGCAGUCAUACAUCAUAGUUGACAUUUUAGCUAUUCUUCCUCUUCCACAGGUGAUAAUUCUCAUUUUCUUUUCAAAAAUGAGGGCCUCAAGAUCUUUAAGGAAGCUUAUGAACUUUCUUGUUAUGGUGCAAUAUGUACCACGAGUUCUUCGCAUCUACUUAUCAUGCAAGAAAUCCAAAAAACCUUUCAAAGGACAUACCGCAUUAUGGGUUAAAGGUUUACUCAAUUUUUUCCUCUACAUCCUUGCUAGUCAUGUACUUGGAGCUUUUUGGUACUUUUUUGCCGUUCAACGAAUUACAAGUUGCUGGCAACAUGUAUGUCAAUAUGAAAAUGGAUGUGGCCCUAGUAAUUUUAAUUGUCAUGAUCACCAUACAUUGAGAAAUAUUACGGUUCUAGAUGAUUUAUGCCCUAUAAAUUCAUCAAAUACAACUCUCUUUGAUUUUGGUAUAUAUUUAAGUGUCCUUCAGUCGGGUAUAUUGUGGUCAACAAACUAUCCGCUGAAGUUUUCGAACAGUUUUUGUUGGGGCUUGCGGAAUUUGAGUUCUCUUGCUUCAAAUCUUGAGCCGAGCUCCAAUACAUGGGAAAUCCUCUUUGUGGCUUGUAUUUCUAUAAUCGGCUUGCUACUAUUUGUAUAUCUCAUUGGGAAUUUGCAGACAUAUGUGCUGUUAGAUACUGAAAGAUUAGAGUCGCACAGACGCAAGAUGAAACUUGAACGGAAGAUGAAAGCGAAAGGCCGAGAUGUAGAAUUAUGGUUAUCUAAACAUGGCACUCCCCUGCGCAGAAAGCCGGAUAUCAUGGAAAAGGUACGAUUAGAACUUGAAGAAAACUGGGAUAUUGAUGUGGAUCAGGAAAUCCUCUCUAUUCUUCCCCGGGAACUUCAAGAAUAUAUCGAAACUUGCAAGCCCUUGAGUAGGCUGAAGAACGUAGAGGUGCCACCAUUUCGAAACAUGGAUGAACAAGUUUUGAUAGAAAUCUCAAAGCAUCUUAAGCCCAAGAGGUAUAUUAAUAAUCAAAUCAUUAUUAAAGAGGAUCGACCACUUGAAAUGAUGUUUUUUGUUGUGGACGGACGUGUAAUCAUUAAAAAGAAAGAUUGUUCCAGUAAGUUCCAACGACGUGCUGGACAUCUGUAUGGAGAGAAACUUCUAGUUUGGCCAUCAUGGACGUCCUUCCAUGAGGGAACAAGGCCUAUAGCAACCGAGUCUGUUCAGGCCAUUGAUGAUGUUGAAGCCCUUGUUCUCUUGGCCAGCGACAUGGUCAGUAUAGGCUCUAGAUUCAGGUCAGAUUUCGAUAAGUUGAAGCUGAGUCUCAGUCAGAGUCAACAAACAGAUUCGCAUUGGGAGCUUUUGACUUGUGACAAGGUGACUAUGCUACAACAAGUGCCGAAGCUUCGAGAGAUGGAUAAACAAGUGUUGAAAGCA